UAUUUGAAACUCUAAUUCUCAGUCUUCGUUGUCCUUAAUGUAAUAAGUCACAACUGACAUACUUGCCAGCUAGCUAGUUAACAGACUGUGGCAGGCUAGCUAGCUAGCAUAGUCUGGUAUGUGUGGUGCGAUGCUAUGGAGUUAGCUUAUAGUACUAACAGUUAGCUAACUGGCUAAGUCAUUCUUUUGCAAGCUCUGAACCGCUUACCAAUGAAAAUUUCACAUAAUAUUAGUCAGCUGCACUUGAAAAGGUGCUUGUAAACGGAAGCGAUGGCGUGUGCGAGAGUGCCUUUGGACGAGCUCCAUGUGACAGAGCCUAGCGGGCCGAUGGGUAGGGAUCGCACUCUACCGGCGCUGCACCCGGAGCGGAUGGAGGACCGAAGUUUUGUGGCAUACAGGCCCCCACCACCGGAAAGUUCUGGCGCACAGUUAGAAGAGUUCAUUGAGCAUGCUCAGUUCAUCGCUGACGACCUGGAUUGGCUGCUGGCGCUACCACAUGACAAAUUCUGGUGCCAGGUGGUGUUUGACGAGUCCCUGCAGAAGUGCCUGGACUCGUACCUGCGCCUCGCCCCCCGGGGCCUGGACCCCGAGGCGCUGCCGGCCUCCCCCGCCGCGGCGGACAUGCAGCGGCGGCUCCACCGCGCGGCCUUCAUGACCUUCCUCCGCAUGGCCACGCACAAGGAGUCCAAGGAGAACUUCAUUACUCCCGCGGUGUUUGGAGAGAUUAUUUACAACAACUUCCUCUUUGACAUUCCCAAGAUCCUGGACCUGUGCGUGUUGUACGGAAAAGGAAAUUCACAGCUGCUUCACAAAAUGAUCGAGAACAUAUUCACUCAACAGCCCAGUUACUAUGGCGACCUGGAGGAGGCAGUGCCUACAAUCAUACAGGUGCUAGACACCAUCCUGCAGAAGUGUGGCCUGCAGCUAGAGGGCGCCACUGCAAGCGAGCCACUGAAACUGGAGGCUCAUGGGAGAUCCACUGCCAUGACCAUGACCCAGAAGGACCUCGUGGACCUGGUCCUAUACCUGUGCGAUUCCUGCACCACCAUUUACUCCUUCCUGGAUAUCUUCCCUGGCGCCUGCCUGACCUUCCAAUCACACGGCUUCCUCAACAGACUGGCUUCAUUCUAUGAGCUGGCUGUACCAGACAUUGAGAAGGCUAUAAGAAAGAGGAACUUUGAUGAUAAGAGCUUACAGGAGGACCUGUGGAGAAGGCUGUCCCAUUCCUGUCGGAAGAUGGUGGAGAUCGCUCACCUGUUCGUCCUGCACACCUGCUUGCAGCCCAUCCUGGAGGGCUCGGAGAACGUGCAGUCCUGCGUGGAGGACUUCCUGCAGAUCACCACCGCCUUCCUCCAGGAGAAAAGGUUCCUGGUGGAUUAUGACGAGCAGUUCCCCGUGGCUGAUGAUGUCAGCCUUCUGCAGCAAGCCUUCCCUCAUCUCGACGAGACCAGGACGUCCUACCUGCUGCAGGGGGUGGAGUCCGCCUGGGAGGGCGUGGGCAGGAAGAGGCUUCGGCCCGCCCCCAUCGCCGCCGCCCCCCAGGAAGUGGAGAGGGGGGGCGAGGAGUGGGCGGAGACCGGGGAAGACCGGACCAAUGGGGUGGAGGGGGGCGCAGAGGCCCCUGUGGAUGCCCCUCGAAAGGGGGACAAUGGGGCCGUGUGCACGGUGAGCGCGGGCGAGCUGGAGUCCCUCCUUUCUCACAUCAGAGACCUCCUGCCGGACCUGGGGGAGGGCUUCCUGCUGGCGUGCCUGGAGGAGUACGGCUACGACUCGGAGGUGGUCAUCAACAACAUCCUGGAGGACCGGCUGGCCCCAGCGCUGGACAAGCUGGACCGAGCGCUGCCCAGGCCCGUGAAGGAGGAGCUUCCACCCGUGCUGAACUCCAGGUCUAACGUGUUCGACGACGACGAUUUCGACGUCUUCAAUCGCGACAAGGUGGACAUGACCCGCAUCUGGAAGGGCAGGAGGCAGGGGAAGAGCGCGCGCGAGCUGCUGGACGACAAGCGGCACGUGGAGGAGCAGCGCGCCCGCUACCGAACCUACGAGACCGUGGUGGACGAGGUGCCCGUCGGCCCCGGGGAGCCGGGGGGCGGAGCCUACGCCACCGACGACUACGACGACGAGUACGACGACACCUACGACAUCAACCAGGUGGGCGCCAACGACCUGGACGAAGACGCCGACCUGCUCAGCCGCAGGCCCUUCACCAUCCCGCAGGUCCUUCGCACCGGCAGGCAGGCACAGGGCAGGCAGGAGGAGCCGGAGGAAGAGGAGGAGGAGGAAGACGAAAAGGCCGACGCGCUGAAGAGGGACCAGUUUGUGCAGGACCCCGCGGUGCUGAGGGAGCGAGCCGAGGCUCGGAGAGCCGCCAUGCAGAGCAGGAGAGGGCACCGUCCGGACCCGGCCAGCCACGUGGCGGGCAAGCCGCGGGGUCAGGGGCAGACCCAGGAGACGGCGCUGGACCGGCGCCGGAAGGAGGCGCACAAGAGCCGGGGCGCCAACCACAGCCGCCGCGCCAUGGCCGACCGCAAGCGCAACAAGGGCAUGAUCCCGUCCUGACGCGCGCCGCCGUCGCCAUGGACACCGCGUCGCCAUGGACACGGCUCCCGCCCGCCGCCGUCGCCAUGGACACAUCUCCCGCCCGCUGCCGUCGCCAUGGACACAUCUCCUGCCCACCGCCACCAUCGUCAUGGACACCACGUCGCCAUGGACACGUCUCCCGCCCGGCGCCGGAGGAGGUGGGCGGCGGCGGCGGCGGCCUGAGGAUCGCUCGGGGCUCAGGUAUCCAUGACGACAGGGAAAAAAGCGAUCACUUCCUGCGUCGAGACUUCGUUUCCUGUUCCUGUUCAGUCCUCCAACCCCCCCAUGCCCCCCCCCCCACUCUCUGGACUUCUCUGGAGUCUCAUUCCCUCAAUCGGUUUGUUAACAUGAAGACAUUUUUCGUACUUUUAUUUUUGUAUGACGGGUAGCAGCCCUGAGGAUCGUUUCCUCAGUAGCCGUAGCCGAGUUCGGAAUAACUGACGUUUUUAAACAAGGAAGUCCGAACAGUUCGUUAAAUUUUACAACCGAAAGGUUGAGGUUUUAGUUCAUGAAGGGCUUUUGUUUGGAUUUGCUCAAUGAAGUGGAAAUGAGCACAUUGAAAAUGACCACAAAAACCAGUUUUCUUAUCUGGUGGAUGAGUGGGGAGGAAGCUGCAUUUGAUCAUUUCACAAGAUCUAUUCUGUAAACCAAAGUUCUGACGGACACACACACAGACGCACACACCCACGUAACACAUUUUGCCGUGUAACAAAUCCAUUUAUUAAAAGAACGGAGUCACGUAAACACAACGUCUGUGACGUGAAACGUCGACAGUCAGGAAAGUCGACUUCCAGAACGGAACGGAAUCCAGGGGGGCGUCAGUGCCGCCGUGGCCGCUGCCGCGGCAACGCGCAGGCCGGUCUCCGCGCCAGGUGUGCGGAGAGGAGCGAGGCGGGUCGGAGACGAGGCUGCGCGGUUCACUUCACGCGGGGGUCCGAUCCUCUGAAGAGCUCGCGGCAGCGAAGGUGUGCCGUUGGGCUUGGGCGAGGAAGACGCCAUCGAAGGGCUCGCGAUUCUCACGCAAACACAUUCUCAGCAACCGCAACUGUACAAGAAGCAAUUUAAUAUCGGAGAGCGUUUGUUUUUUUUAUUCUAACAAAAAAGGCUUAUUUAUGACUGCUUUUGUACUGAGGCUGUGUCGAAACAAAAUAAAGAAUGCGUGCAUUAAUAAA